AGGCUUUAUGGGGGUGAGUCAUCUCCACAUAACAAACAGGCUCAGCAUGGGAAAAUAUCAUGGUGAUGUUAAAGCUAGAGUUAAGGCUCACACACUACAGCUCUGUACUGGCUAUAGUUCACACUUAAGGCACAACAUUUGAAAAGCAAACAGUUCAGGUACCAUAGAAAAGGUAUGUGGUUAUAAAGUUGAAGAUGAAGGAAAAAGUGAGUCACAGAGGGAGUUUUAAAGGUUGUUAAUUAUUGUCUAAACAUGUGCAUGCUUGAUGAGGCAGCCAUACAAAAGGGUUUCCUCAUUCCUCUCACAUGGCCAGGGGUUUUCCUUUUUUCAUCUGUUAAGUCUCAGAGCAGGAAUUUGGAGCCUCAUACACAAAAUAAUAUUUGCACCACAUGCUCACGUUGUCUUCUCUGAAACGUAAUACAGCAGGCAGUUUCAUCAGAGCCGAGCUGAGCUAACAGAGUCGGUGCCGUUACAAGAUUGCUCAAUGGUUGUGUCACCAGGAGGAGGCUGGACUGGUCGGGCGGAGUGUUUGAGCUCAACAUCACCGGAGCUCACUCACUCUCUGCCUCUCUCGGAGUGAGGCGGUCUCUCUCCCUCUGUCUGUCUGUCUGUCUGUCUCUCUCUCUCUUUCUCUCUCUCUCCCUCUCUCUCUCUUACAGUGUGGACUCUGAGGGAUCGGGGUUUCUCACUGAAAGUACAAAGACGUCAGAGCAGUGGGCAUUCACCUCCAAGAGGAAAGGACAGUGAUUGGAUUAUUACCGAAAAUCGCGUCUAAAGUUUCAUCCAUAUCUCAAGUCUCACACGGAAAAAUGGAACGCAGAGUGUGUGAAUUAUUCUAACCAUCAAAGGACUCAUCCUUAAACGAGUUAGAGUCUCAUUUUUGGUUUGAAUCGAUCUACGAGGAUGAACUUGCAGUGGAGCACCCCAGCACCUUGCAUCCGCGCCGGGAGAGUCGCGCACAAACGACUGGACUCAGACGAUCAACCGCCGGCCAAAUGUGCCAGGCUAAGCGCCGAAGCUGGGGACACACAUGGACUCUUACUCGGUACUUCACCCGGAUCCCCGGUCAGCCCCGUCUCAAACCCGGUCCCAGUGACCCACCAGGGUCCAUCCAGGAUAGGACCGUUUCUGCUUCUACCUCUGGCGGACCGAGAGAGCGUGCACAGCGCGAUGAACACCGACACAGGCGAUGAGCUGCUGUGCAAGGUCUUUGAUAUGGGGGUGUACCAGGAAAAGAUCAGACCCUACGGGAUCCUACCAGCCCAUAAGAAUGUGGCUGGCAUCAGGGACAUCAUCCUAGGGGAACGCAAGGCCUAUGUGUUCCUUGACAAGGACUUUGGGGACAUGCACACCCUGGUGAAGAGCUGUCGCAGGCUGGAUGAAGAGCAGGCUUGCAGGCUCUUCCGGCAGGUGGCUCUGGCUGUGGCACAUUGCCACCAGAAUGGCAUCGUGCUUGGUGACCUCAAACUAAGAAAGUUUGUCUUCGCUGAUGAGAAAAGGACACACGUGCGACUAGAAAGCCUGGAAGACUGCCGCGUCCUGGAAGACCCAAACAAUGACUCUAUGUCAGACACCCAUGGUUGCCCAGCUUACGUCAGCCCGGAGAUUCUCAGCAGCUCUGCGCCUUACUCCGGCAAGAUGGCCGACAUGUGGAGCCUGGGAGUCAUGCUGUACACCAUGCUGGUGGGCCGCUACCCGUUCCAUGACCCCGACCCUGCUACGCUGUUUUCCAAAAUCCGCAGAGGCCAGUGCUGCUUGCCAGAGGGCCUGUCGCCCAAGGCCAAGUGUCUGCUCCAGAGCCUACUGAGGAAAGAACCCUGGGAGAGACUCAGGGUCGCCGAGCUGCUUGCUCACCCGUGGUUCCACCAGCCGCCAUCGUCGCAGGAAGUGGCGCUGGGCGAACAGGAAGUGAGCUCGGCAGAACAGAUGGUGCCGUCCUUUGACGUGGAAGAGGACGAUGAUCUGUUCUGCUGACGGACUUGAAUCAGCUGAGUCUGGCUGAGGGACCAAAACAGGAAAUGCUAUGAGGGAUUCAUUGUUGUUUUUUAUACAUUGGCACUUUUUAGAAAUCCAUUUGUGUACUGUCGAGUGUACAUACACCCUCAAGCUUUCUAUAAAUCCUACUGUACUGUAUUUUGUUGUUGUAUAUGUGUUACUCGCUAAGGGCAUUGUUCACAAUGAUCUUUCAUUGUGUUUCUAUAUGUGCGUUUUUGAAAUUAUUUGGUGCUAAAAAGAAUAACAAAGACUUUGCCAGGUUAUGUUAACAGAUUAAUCUCUGCAACCUGCUCUGAGGACAUCACAGGUAGUUUACUCAUGGCAUACAGUUGUCAAUAUGCUAGCUCUCAGCCUGGACUUUUCAGAAAGCAUUACAAGACUCCUGAGCAGGCGAGGAGGAGAUGGGGAUGUUGUUCCUCUCACUCUCUGACCAGGCUGCAGGCUUCACCAGCUGACUCACCGACACACAGGCUCGAGGAAGGCCGAGCACAAGCUGAAAGUCUGGCAGCAGGCGGUGUCAUCAAGUGAGAAAGAUGGUUAGCAGAGGACUGAUGUGUCACACUCAGCGGGGACGCUACCAAGAUGUUUCACUGCCAAUCUGGCAACUACUCAGCAUUUACAAAUCACACACCAUGCGAGAGGCAGGGUGUUACUGGUGUGAGACUCACACAGAAAAGAGAGAGUUUGUCACACACACUCAACAAUAAGCAGUGACAAUGAGCUAACAUGAGUCUUUGUUAAGGCUAAAAGAGAAAAUAAAAUUUCCAUUUUCUUAAUAUCAGCAGUUAAAUCUAAAAAAGUUUGUAUUUUUGAAACACUCUACAAGCUGAAUAUCAUUUGAUGGUUGCAUCUGAACAAGAAGUUUCUUUCUAACUUGCAAAUAUGAAAGUAAUCAUCCUGUUUGGCUAUUGUGCAAUCAGAAAAAUCCAAAAAUCAAAGAAGUCAAAGAGUACUUUCCAGUGAUGCAAUAAGAAAUAACUCAUAACCCAACAUUUGUAUACAUUUCUGAAGAAAUUCCAGUCAAGAAAUUAUCCAAUAGGAAAGCAAAACAUCACAGGAAAAUGAAGACUCUCUCAGUUGAACUUGUUUUUUCCCGUCGGAACAUUAUGUCAAGCUGUGUUGCUUUAACAAAGCCGAGCUGUGCUAAGUGUGGUGCCCGUAUCACUGUGUUUCAUAAACUGAGCGGCUCUGAAUCAGUCGCAGUCAGGCGAUAUUUGAUGUUGGUUGUCUGAUGAUGACUCAAUGCUCGAGCGUGUCUGUGGAGAAUGGUCCUGACCUUGGCUGGAAGAAUCUGUUCUGACUGUUUCCUCUUUUUAAUGGUACUUUUUAUUUCCCUUCUUAUUUUAAUUUUUUUUCACAUAUUUUUUGCCACUGAAAGCUGUUGAUCCAUGGAGACUAGUCAUCGUAGUUAGUGACAAGAUGUACCAAGUUAUAAAAGAUGUUUCAUCUUGGAAAGUGACAUGUGCAUGAAGCAGCAUUCAGCCUUACAGUUUGAAACCAGCUAUUUCAUUCUGGCACAUUUAUUUUGACAACAGUACUAAAUCUGGCAUAUCUGAGAAGCUCUUUGUAUGAAUUUUUUGGUUGUUAAGAAGGUUAAUAAAACGUCUGUUGCCGUUCUUUAAUUAUUUCUCUCAUCUGCUUAAAAACCAGAUGGGACCAGAUUUGUGACAAUCUGGAUUGUUCCUUGUAUAAAAGUAAUUUAAUGGUUUCAUUUCUGGUUCAUACAUGUAAAGUCAGUCACACGUUCAUGUGACAUGUAGAGUAAACUGACACGGGUGCACAAACUUCAUAUUGCACUGUGAAUUAUGUAUUUGUGACACAACCUAGAGGCUGUUCAAGGUCCCAACAGGUUACACACAAGAGAUGUAUUCAUUGUACAAAAGAUGUAUAUGUAUAUUUGAAAUAUGUGUGGAGAUGUUAAAUAAAGAUCACAUUUUUUCAUACUCA